AGGUUUCUGUUUAAAGACCGGUGGGGGUCUAGUAACUCCAUGCGUGUGUGCGCGUAUGAACACAUACUCGGUGAGUGCCCGAGAAGACUGGAAAAUGUCGCUAGUUGGCGAGGACUAAACGCCCGCAACAACGAGAAGGAGAUUCUUCUGCUGUCUUCCGAACCAACAAAUGGGUCUGAAAUGCUAAUGUUGCACUAUAGGCUCUGGGAUGUCCACGACGUUGCUGCAAUCCUUUGCGUCGCUCUCUACAUGUGUCACUUGGUCGGGGCCAUCUCCAUCCACUCUCCCCAGCGAAGCUUCAUCCGGUCAGUGCAAGAGGAUGUCUUCUUCUCCGUGGACGUGUCCUGCAACUGUACCCCCAUUGUGCAGUGGACCUUCAUGUCGGCCUCGGUGAGCCGCGCCAUCGGCACCUGGCGGCCGGGUGUCUUCGCCAACAUCACGGCCGACUAUGACGGCCGUGUGGAGUCGCAUUACAAUGGCUCAAUGGGCCUGGCCCGUUUGCAGCUGCAGGACGCCGGCUUUUACGUGGUGACGGUCACCGACGAUGCAGGUGGCAGCAAAGACGCUGGAUUUGUCCUCAAGGUCAACGAGGUUCUGUACGAGGACCUGCAGUACUUGUCGGUGUCGGCCUUGGCCCUGGGCUGCUUGGCGGGUAUCCUCAUGUUAUGCAUGUGGCUCUUGAAUAAGGCAUACAAGAAGAUCGUGGCGUGUAGGCGGAGAAAGCAGAUGCCAGAAAAUGACGCAACAGAGCUGCAACCUCUUUGACGCAUGGUGGGACUACUUUUUUUAUUCCAAGAAGACAGGACUAUUUUUUUCCUUCUAAAACAAACAAACAAAAAAGGACACAUAUUCCGAUAAGUGAGAUGGAGGUGGAUUUUUUUUUUUAAAACUACGUUAAUGACUCUGUAAAUAGGAACUGUAUUUAUUGACAAAAAUAUGAAAAAAAAAAAAAAAAAAUUAUACAUAUAUUGGUAACUGCCUGCUCACUUGGUACAAUUUUGUCAUCUCAACAGAUUGUGACAUUCGCACUUAUUGGAAAUUUGACGUUAAAAAAACAAAACAAAACCUGCUUUUUACAUUGAAGUUAAAGAUGUAAUACUUUAUACUUAUGACGUUAAGCUUUAAAAAAAAAACAUACUUCUUAAAAUAUAUCAAAAACAUGAUUUUUUUUCCCCUCAUGAAAAUUUUCUCGAAAAUAACAUUUUCUCUUUAAAACUUGAAAGUAUUAUAUUUAUUAAUUCGUACACAUUUUAUCACUAUAUAUAUAUGUAUAAAAUAACUUUUUUUGCUGAAAGAAUAGAAGUCUGAAAACUUUGUUAUUGUAAAGUUGCAACUUAAAUAAAAAAAAAAAACGAAUUUGGUUUUUAAUUAUUACUCUUUCAUAUUGAAAAUGCAUCAAUUUUACUUUUAGACUGCAUUUUUUAAAUAAGUUGUUUUUUUUAAGUGAAAAAAUACUUUUACAUGCAUGCAAUUUCGAAAAUCCUGAACUAAAAGUAACAUUUUAUUUAAAAAAAUAAAGGGCAAAUGAAAAAUGGAGGAAUAAAUUAUAUUUCAUAUAUAUUUUUUAUAUUUUCCAAAAAUACAUUUUAGUUUUUUUAAAAAAAGGAUUUAAAUUUUUGUUGUAUUUUUCAAAGUAAUUUUCUAUUCCCCCAAUGUUUUAUAUCUGUAGUUAAUGUAAAUUUAGUGAUCAAGGGGUUAAAGUUGUAAAAAAAAAAAAAAAAAAGUACAUUUUAUUGAUAGAAAGUUGAAAUUUUACGAGAAUAACAUUUGUUAAAAGGAUAAAAUGUUUUUCCAGGUAAAUUUGUAAUAUGAGUAAAGUUUCACAAGAGAAUAUAAUUUUUGAGGAAGUUGAAAAUAACAAAUUCAUGGAGUUGUUAAUAUGAGAGACUUGAAGAAACGGUGACGAAGAAAGUAAAUAUGUACGUAGAAUAGGUUUUUAUUUGGGAAUUUUAUUGUGAAAGUCUGGGAAAUUGUGAGUGAGCUAAACAGUUUGAAGUCUCAACAGGAAAGAUGGGAACGUUUUUCGACAAACGUCUCAUUCAGUUAAAUGUUGGGGUUUUUUUGGGUUUGGAAAAUGUGAAGGUGUUGGAAAGGUUUUAAGAAAGUAGAAAAAUGCACUUCUUGACAUUUGAAUGGUUUGAGGAAUGUGGAAGGAGAAGUAAAAGAGUGGAACGCGGUACCAAUCAGAACUCCGGUUUGUCCCUUGUCCCGCACAAUCCAGGACUGUUGGCAACCCUAGGACUGGAUGAACUCAGAUUGACCUAUAAAAGAAUUGUAAAUAUCUCAAAAACGACAGCAGCACAAACGAUUGACAUCAUUUUAUGUAAACUUGCGUCUGAUUGGGGGGCCAACUUUGCCGAGGUCUUUAUUUUCUCUCCAAAAGUGUACAAACGUGAGCAAAGAGUGAGCAGGCAGCCACCACAAAUCUUCUAAUGGUCCUUCCUCAGGACAAUAAAAUGGAAAGCGGCUCUGAUUGUUGUUCUUUUUUGUAACCGUGGACUCUGCCAGAACUUGCUGGUUGCUUUAAGGGCAAGGAGUUAGAGCAGCCAUGAGGAGCUCCAUCUUGUAGACAAAAUUGCGUCCCUCCAUUUUGUUCCAGUGGACCUCCUUGUAGGGACCCCUGAGGUGAGUCCACUUGGCAUCCUGGAUGACUUCACUCUUGGGCAGCUCCUUGCUCUGGCUACGGGGGAACUGCACCAAAACCCGGCACCCGCUUUCAGGACCGUUUCGGACUGGAUAUGGAAAAACAAAACAAAAACAAAAAAAAACAGAUGUACAGGAUUAAAAAAAAGGCAUCUUGCCUAUAGAUAUUAGGAGUAGGCAUGUGCCGGUAUGAUAUUCUGGCAGUAUGUUAUCCUUAAACCAAAAUAUCACCGCUUCACUGUAUUGGAAUUACAACUCUAAAAUGUGUUACUUUGAGAUAUCUGGGUUAAAAAAAAAAUAAUUCCAUUGAACAGGAUUUUUAUUUUUCAAAACAUGUGAGCAAACUGGAACAUAAGUAUAAUGUUAAAAUUAGGGCUGUCAAACGAUUAAAAUGUUUAAUCGAGUUAAUUACAGCUUAAAAAUUAAUUAAUCGUAAUUAAUCGCAAUUCAAACCGUCUAUAAAAUAUGCCUAUUUUUCUGUAAAUUAUAUAUAUAUUCUGUAAAAUAAAUUGUUGGAAUGGAAAGAUAAGACACAAGCUGGAUAUAUACAUUCAACAUACGAUACAUAAGGACUGUAGUGGGCAUUUCACUCUACUGUCGUUUAAAUCUGUCUAUGCUGU